UUUCCGGUGGGCGGGACUACAGAAGAGCAGCAGUUUGGGAGCAGGGAGUCGGCCCACUGUACAGUUACAGCCCAGUUUAACUGAUUCUGUAGCUGGAAGUGUAGCCUGUUAAAGACCCGCUCACGUCUUUCCAGGAGGAAGCAGGUUGAGCCGAACUGCACAGGAGCAGUACGGACAUGGCAGCCAAUAAGACUAAGGGUCAGAGCUCUCUGGCUCUGCACAAGGUCAUCAUGGUGGGCAGCGGAGGAGUGGGAAAAUCAGCCCUCACACUGCAGUUCAUGUAUGACGAGUUUGUAGAGGACUAUGAGCCCACAAAAGCAGACAGCUACAGGAAGAAGGUGGUUUUGGAUGGAGAUGAGGUCCAAAUCGACAUUCUGGACACAGCAGGGCAGGAGGACUAUGCUGCCAUCAGGGAUAACUACUUUCGCAGUGGAGAGGGCUUUUUACUGGUGUUCUCCAUCACAGAGCAAGAGUCUUUCAGCGCCACUUCAGAGUUCAGAGAGCAGAUUCUGCGUGUGAAGUCAGAGGAGGAUAAGAUUCCCCUGUUGCUGGUUGGGAACAAGUCUGAUUUGGAGGACAGGAGGCAGGUGCCUGUGGCUGGAGCUCGGGAAAAGGCUGAGGAGUGGGGAGUUCAGUACGUGGAAACUUCGGCCAAAACACGCGCCAACGUCGAUAAGGUCUUCUUUGACUUAAUGAGGGAGGUGCGAGCUAAAAAGAUGGCCGAGAACAAAGACAAAAAUGGGAAAAGUGGCAAGAAGAAGAAAAGCCUGAAAGAGCGCUGCACGCUACUCUGAGCCACUAGAUGGAGCCUUUCUGAUGGACACAGAAAACCUGAAAGCUGUGCUUCCACUGCUGUGGUUAGCUUCGCCAAACUCGGUCAUACAUGAAAACUGUGAACCGGCUGUGGAUAGAUGCCCUCUUUGCUGUAUUCAGCAUGGAACUCGCGUCUGUUAAACAGUUUAAGAAUUUCUCAAGUGCUUUUGAUACUUUAUCCAUGUUUUUUUUUUUCUGCCAUCAAAUGGGUGCCAUCGUAGAAAACUAGCAGGGCAACUGUCAUUGGGGCAUUUGACCCAGAGGGGUUAUAUCCUAAUGACUUGCAUUCCACUAUCAGGUUUAGAAAUGGAUGACAGCUUCCAGUGCUGGCAUGUACACAUAUACACAUGAGAAAAUACUCCUUAUGCUGCGAUGACUGUCCUUCAGUACUUUGUAGUUUGUCAGCAGUGCAUUAAUAUGUACCACCACUGUGGUUUUUAUUUCAUAUUUUGUAUGAGCUCUCUGUUUUUGGAGUCCAUACCACCAUUAAGAUAAAUCUUACAUUUUCUAUAAAUGAGCCAUACAUAGUUUAGCAAUGAGCCAUAUUAUGUUAAAGGUGUUUUGAUUAGACAGUGAUCUUGAUGAGUGCUACAGAACCUUUAGAGAAACAAUCAGAGGCUUCAGACUAUGUCCAAAAGUUUACAGACACCUGUCUUCUGAGAUCAAGGGUAUUAAUAGGGAGAUUCCCCUGUUUGCUGCAGUGACUGCCUCUAUUCUUCUGGGAUGGCUUUACACUUGGUGUGGGAACAUUUGCUGUGAGGAUUUGAUUGCAUUCAGCCACAAGAGCAUUAGUGAGGUCAUGUACUGAUGUUUGAUGAUUAGUUCUGGAUCACAAAUGUCACUCCAACUCACCCCAGAGAUACAGGAUGGAGCUGAUGCAGUACCACUGCUCCACAGCCCAGUUGAGCUGGCAGUAGUUUAUACAAGGUAAUACUAGGUAUGUGUGCUCAAUAGAGCACCGGUAUCGGCAAAGGGCUCACAUUACGUUAGCUGAAUAUACUAAUUAGACAGGCUGUCUGGAUGCUUUUGGACAUACUGUGUCUCAGUCUCAUAGCACAAACAUCAAGUUGUUGUGGUAGAAAGAGCAGCACUGAACACACUCUUAACACUAGGAUUCUAUCUGGAGUGCUGGCUGGGGGGAGGGAGGGGCUUCUCAAUUAUCUUGAUGACAAAAAUAUCAAGGAUGUCCAGUAUAUUAAGAAUUUACACACAUUCCAAUUAGAUGAUGUUGAAUGAAGUUAUCCAGCUAACUGAGAACGUCUGUUUUGGUGUGAACCUGCCCAAUCCUGUAGUAGUGUUUUCACAGAUGUCACUAUGCAAGUCCACCAAAUGUACUGCUUUUAGUAUAAACCACGAGUCAUAAAAUUGUGGUAACCAUAUUUUUGUAAUGAAACCACUUUUUGUAUGAAUACCUGUUGAUGACAGACCAAAUAAAGUGUAUCUAUACUUAA